AUGACGUCACAGAACACACUGACCAGUAUCGGUGUCAUAAGCUUCGAUCUCUACACAACGCUUUUGGCGGCUUUCGCUGUCAUGUGGUUUGCCGUUUGCAUUUCCGGCACGCUGGGAAACUACGUCAACAUCCAAACAUUCGUUGCCAUGGGGCUGAACGAUGGGGUGACCGUGACCUUUCUAGUCCUCUCCAUCCUUGACCUAUGCUACAUUCUCGUCUGCCUAGCUAUGUCGGUCGGCACGAUGCUCAUCGUGAUUGAGUAUAAAAUACCAAAAGUCGUCUUCAGUGUCCAACCUUACGCCAUUGGCCUGACAUUCGGGAACAUCGGGGUUUUGUUUUCAUCCAACAUCCAGCUGGUGACCACGUUCCUCUCCAUCGCGCGCUGCAUGUGUAUAGCUAAGCCGCUCCACUUCAAGUUCGUCUUUACCCGCAAUGUUUGCUGCGCUGUGCUGUUUGUUAUAUCUUGCUUUACUUUACUAGCGAAUCUACCCGUGCUAGCUACGACAGGUAUCGUGCCUAUAUUUGACCCAAGUCUCAAUUUGACGCGUCCAAGUUUUUGGACCUCGGAAAAUCGAAACCAAAUUAAAAACAUAAUUUGGGCUGUUACCGAAAUAUUUGUCCCAUUUGCUACACAGAUUAUAGUCAUUGUUUGUCUCGUUGUCAUGGCAUCGUGCCUCAGGCAGUCUUCGAAGUUUAGAGCGUCUUCAUCAACGUUGAUUGAACAAACAAACAUCAAUGCAAACUCUGGAAAGAAAAACAAUUUGGCUUUAUCUGUGUACAACUUAUCUGGCAAGGAGCUUCAGGUCAUUCGACAAGUUGCCGUCGUGUCAUUGGUCUACAUCGUCUGCAACACGCCAAAAAUAAUUUCUAACUCGGUAACAGAGGCAAUCCCGGAGUACAACGUGGGCAACAAAUUCACCAACCUCUACAUGGUUAUCUUCUCUUUGAGGAAACUUUUCGAAUUGGUCAACUCAUCCGUCAGUCUACCCAUCUAUUACAGAUGUAACGGAAAAUUUAGAACACUGUGCACAUUUAGAAUUAAUCAAAUCAAAUUCGGCAGAUUUGCUUGA